AAUAAUGACUUUUUCAUUUAUUUUAAUAAGCAGUAACAUUAUAAAAGUAAUAAAAAAAUGGAUAUUAGUAUGGAAGAACCGAGUCCAAAUACUGAAAAAGAGAAAUGGGUUGAGGAGAUGGGAAACAUGCAUAUAGAAUCUGCCAUUAUGAAUAGAUUGGUCAUGGAUUAUUUGGUUACUGAAGGUUUUAAAGAGGCUGCUGAAAAGUUUGAAGAAGAGACGGGAAUCCCAUCAGGAGCUGAUCUUACUGCCUUGGAUGCGAGAAUUCGUGUCCGGGAUGCUAUUCUUGCCGGAUCAAUUGAGCUGGCAGUCUCCAUGAUCAACGAGAUGCAUCCGGAGCUCCUGGACAACAACAGGAUUCUACUUUUUUACCUUCAGUUACAACACCUCAUUGAGUUAAUUCGAGCUGAGAAGAUGGAAGAUGCGCUCGAGUUUGCUCAAACUCAGUUAUCAGAACGAGGGGAGGACAGUCCAGAGUGUUUGUCCGAUAUGGAGCGAGCGUUAGCUUUACUUGUGUUCGAUAAACCCGAGGAAUCCCCGUUCGCAGAUCUGCUGCUACAAUCACAAAGACAUAAGGUAUGGAGCAGAGUAAACGCAGCAAUCAUGGAUUACGAGAACACGGUGUCCGCUCCGAGGCUCGCAAGCAUCGUUAAACUAUUGAUGUGGUCGCAAGAUCAACUUGAUAAAAAGAAAAUUAAAUAUCCAAAGAUGACGGACAUUUCAAAGGGAGAGAUUUAAUAAAAAUCUUAUAUAUAUUUACGAAUAUCUGAAUGUUUUGUGUUUUUGUGGAAUCUUAUUUGAAAACUAUUUGUAUUUGACUCUUUCUAUUGUAUAUGGGUGACAGGAUCAAGGUCCUACUGUGUGACACGCCAUGGUUCCCAAGCACAA